CUUGCAACGCUUACAUCAUGGUGGUGACUAUUAUUGAAUAGAAGACGAUUUGGUCUACAUUUGUGGACGAGGUAGGUUCCGUGUGUGGAGCAUUUGACUCACUUUUGAGGAAUAGAUCGUCAUUUCAUCGUUGUUUAAAGUAAGAAACUUUACUUUAUUUCUUCAGAUUGAACUUUAGAGAGCUAAUUACAAAUGGCAUCGCCAAAGUGGGCGGAGUUAGGUGUGGUAUCGGAUGUGAUUGACGUGGCCCCGCCCCUCAGAGCCGAGGUCGUCUACCCAUCAGGCGUAUCAUGUGACUUUGGGAACGAGCUUACACCAACUCAGGUAAAGGACAAGCCCCAUAUUACAUUCCCAUCUGAAGAGGGCGCCCUCUACACUAUCAUCAUGACGGACUGGGAUGCAUCAGAGAUGGUGAGAGAGGUCCAUCACUUUAUGAUGGUAGACGUAUCAAACGGGGACUCUAAGACUGGCACUGUCCAUUCUGAGUACAUCGGCUCGGGUGCUCCCGAAGGAACAGGUUUACAUCGGUAUUGCUUCCUCAUCUACAAGCAACCGCCGGGAUUCAAACCUGCCGAGCCGUAUCGUCCAAGGAACCGCGAGAGACGGUACAAGUUCUGCUUGAAGCGGUAUGCUGCAGAGAAUGAUCUAGGAGACCCGGUGGCAGGGAACUUCUUCCAAGCUCAGUACGAUGACUGGGUCCCGAAGCAGAAGGCUGAAUUGGAAGCAGCAACUACCACUCAGAACUUUCAAUUUUAUUCACAGUGACACUACCUUUCCUAAGGGACAGGGGACAGAGGGUGUCCCCCAUGGAAUUUUGAUGGCCCCCUUUUUGUUCGCUGUUGUAACAUUUCUACUUUGAAUGCAUUUACACGAUGCUAUUACAGUGUAGGCUACUUGUUCUUGGUUUGUUCUUGUUUCAUGGCAACUCACGUUGGAACUCGGCAGGACAGCAUUUUGCUGGUAAACGCCAAGCUGGUGUAUAUAUCCAAUUACCUAGGAAACAUUUUACGUGUAGAUUAAUCAGUCACAGUGGCUGACCUUCUAGACGACAGAUGUUACUCUCGGGCCCUUUUAUCAAAGUGGUGGCAGAGUAGGCCGGAUUCGAACUCACAACCUUGCGAUUAUGAGUCCAAUGCUCUAACCGCUGGACCACACGACUUGGCCAAUAUUAUUUUGAGAUAUCAAUCACUGAUGGACGUGUUGUCGCUUUCGAGAGGAUCUAACACAAUUCAGACGAUUUAUAUGAAUAAUCAAAAGAUCAAAGUUGGUGCUUAUCUCAUUGAAUAUGAUCAAACCCCACACCACCUUGCUAUUUGAGUUCUGAUCAUGAGCAGAAUGGAACUAAAUGAACUGGACUAUUCAUCUCAAAGACUUCUAAAAAUGGAACUUUUUGCAUCCUUAUUUUAAUACUCAAAUUUAUGUAAAGCAUGGCUCGCCUCGCUGGUAGAACAGCAUUAUAACUUUCUUGAAUAAAACAUUUAAUACC